CAUACUGUGUGGUACAGUGCACGCACCGCUUAUUCGAUUAAAAUGGAUAAUGAAAAAUGCAGGUAAUAACUUUACUAUGCCUCUCACCAAAUAAUUAACCGAUCAUCUUACUUAUGUUGAACUUAACUUAACUUUAAGGUUGAAAUUGUUGACACAAGUUUUUAACUUUUGCUCGUCAUGUAGCAUUUUAAGCUAACCCAGAUAGCACAGGUACGUCUGUAAGAUGUCCGCCGAGACCUGUAAAACAUCUGAUAAACGUCUUUAAAAAGCAGUUUUACAGUACACUCAGUUUAAAUCAUGAACAUCUUACAGACAUCAUCUAAACAUUUAUAUGACAUCUGACAGGAAACGUCUCAGAGACGUAUUGCAAAUGUACAUUAAAUGCACACAUCAAAUAAACGUCUCUAGGAUGUGUGUGUGCUAUUAGGAAAGCUAAGAUUUAUAAGCCGAUGUAUUUUUUGUUUUAGGGACAUAAUGUAAGUUCAUUGCACUUUCAUUUAUAAUUAACUUCAUUAACUAAUGGGGUAGGGCAAAAUAAAAUGAACACCCACUGGGGAUAAUGGUAUUUGUUUUGGCUACUGGGACAAAAACACAAUUUCUAAGCGAGUAGCAAGUUCCCUAUUCCAACCCUUGAAGCAACUAUGUUCUGAUAGACAAAAUGUACAUUUCAAUUAGGGCUGUGCAAAAAUAUCGAUACAUGUAACUAUCGCAAUAAUUUUUUUCAAUAGUGUAUCGAUAGUGAUACCUCUACUAUCGAUAUUUUUUUAAAAUCAUGUCAUAUACUGUACAUACGGCCAAAAGUAAGUGGAAGCGAUCAUGAUGAAAAAUAUAAGAACGCUUGGAGCUCUCAGAGCUGAUGUGUGGGUGUGCUUUGGUUUUCAAAAUAAGUAAUGAGUUAUAUAAAAUAAUGCUGUUUGUAGGCUUCACAAGUCUUGACACAAGUCACUUGGCUACUGCAGUGCAUUAGACAAAACGUUUAUUAAGAAAAGUAACAAUGACAUUUAUUGUGCACCAGCGCAUUUACAGCACGGAUGAACCAGGGGUUUUAUACUGCCCAUGUUCAUUGUUUUAACUGUAAUGCACCACAACAGCCAAGUGACUUGCGUGAGCCACCUUAUUCCCCUGUGCUACCCACUUGAGGGGCGCAAUCCACAGUUUGAGAACCCAAACCUCUGAUCUAAAGGUCCAUGCAUCACACAUCAUGGCCACUCUGCAGAGGUAAGGGAUGUUUUUACACUUAUCCUUACAGAAAACUCCCGGUGGUGCACAGCAUGUUGUAUUUCUAGCUCUACUUUUUACAUUUUCUAUUUAAAGUAUUGCAAUAUAUCGCAAAUGUGUAUCGUAUCGAAAUACAUACCAAUAUAUUGUACCAUGACCCAUCUAUCGCGAUAUGUAUCGUAUCGGAGGUACUUACCAAUACGCAGGCCUAAUUUCAAUGUAGACUAUUCCAAAAUUUCAUGAAUCUACACUCUUAAAAUAAAGGUGCUUAAAAGGUUCUUCACAGCGAUGCCAUAGAAGAACCAUUUUUGGUUCCACAAAGAACCAUUCAGUCUAAGGUACUUUAAAGAACCAUCUCUUUAGUACUUUUUAUAACCUGAAGAACCUUUAUACGCCACAAAGAACCUUUUGAGAAGGUUCUUAGAAUGUUAAAGCCCAUUGCACAUUGAGUCCGAAAUUUGCGUCCGAAAUUUCCGCACGUUAAAAAAUAAAUACGACCUCACGUUGUGUCAAUCACAUUUACACACUGCCUCCGAUAUUUUCGUCCUUCAUAAAAAAAUCGGCCCGGGUUCGAUUUUAUGUGUUUUUCGCAUCCGUCAAGCAUUUUGAGAGGCCUUUUUUAACAAUUCAGAGACACCGUACAAACAAGAGCCAAAUACGAAAAACGCAUACGAAAAUUUCGGACUGUAUGUGCAAAGACCUUAACCCUUUAUAGGGCACUCAUUGAAAUACUUAGAAAUUCAAAAUUUCAACCCUGGAGUGUUAUUGGAGGUUAUUACAAGACUUUGAACUUUUGUGACUUAAAAGAAAAAAAUGUUUUAACAAAAAAGCAAAAAAGUUGGCAUCGUGAACCACCUUUAUUUUUAAGAGUGUACUGCAAGAAAGUGUGAAGUGGUAUUAAAGGCAAAGGUCCAACACCCUAUCCGCUUGUUAAGUCUGACAAAACUACCGAAAACAACAAUCCUGACCUUAAUCUCCAUAGUGAAAUCUCAGGUGGCCAGACAGCAAUUUGUUGUUAAUUAUUUAUAAAAAUAGUGAAGUCGUAGAUUCUGAGCAGUGCUCAUAAACAGUCAAUUGUCGCCUUACUUGAAACGAGUGGAGGCUUGGACCCAGAAAUUGAUAUCAUCUUUUUUCUCGGUUCUCAUUACUUUUGACUGUAAACCCCCUGUAAUGUCUUAUCCUUUAAUUUAUUCUGUUGUUUCUACUAUUACACAGUCUUGACGGUUUUGAAUUGAAAACUGACGGUUUUGAUUUUAAAACCAUUCUAAGGCAUCUCCUAGAUCAAGAUGAACUGGUGAUGAAAAGUUUGUUCAGAAGGGUUGCCCAUGACCUCUAUGGACAAGAUCUCUCUGCCAGCUAAUGGUCAAUAUGGCCCAUUCAAGUUCAGUAAUAUGUGUGUCGUUGAUUCAAGUCUGAUGGCCUCAUAUUGUUGUUAUUUAAAAACGGAUCAGGUUAGAUCGCUUUUUGGCUCUCACAAAAUACUGCGAGCAGUUAUGGUUUUUAUGGGUGCUAAAAUGUAUAAUGAGGCCAAAGCAUGUUGGUUGUUUGCACAAAUGGAUUUGUACGAGAGUUCCAAAAUAAUUAUAACUAAAGCGAACAACACCGAUACACAACAAUUUGAAGUAAAUGCUUGGAGUGAACCAACAGACCAUUUAAACAUAUUUAAUGAACUUGUAUUGGUCAAAUAUCAUUUUGAUGAGGACAGAAACAGCCCAUCUGCAUGUAUUUUUCAAGUUCUCUCUAACAUAUUAAGCACAUUUGAACACCUUGGAGAUGUGCGUGCCUUGGGUAUGAACGAGCACAAACCCACGCUCAUUUUGGUGGAUAUAAAUAGGCGCAAGGACACAACUCCACCCCUGAUUAUCUCUGAUUGCUACAGCAGGAUCUAUGAACUACAGUUUCUAGUAAUGACGCGAAAAUCAUUUCACAACCAUGUCAUUGUGGGUUUACUUCUCUCUGAAUGGGCCCUCUAUGAUGAUCUGAAGACAGACUAUGAUGAUUUUAACCCUAAGAGUGCUGAUUUUAAAGAGGAUUUCAUCAUUCUCCUGGCUGGCUAUGUCAACAUACCACAGGAUGAACCUCACGAUGUGCCAUUUGGCAUUGCUGAAGAGGGAAGAUACGGGACCAGAGUUUUCAACCCCUCUCGCAAUCAACCAAAAGAGCACCUAGACUGACGACUGGAUGACUGUUUUUAUGAACAUCAUUAUCUUUACCUUUAAAACUUCUCUGUCAAAAUAUACCACAAUUAAUAAAAUAUAUUUACACAUUUAUUCAUUGAUAGGUUUGGAUUUUUUUGUCUAUAAAGAACAAACCAAGCGAUGCAGUAGGCUACAAGCUCACAUGCUUGUAUUUGUUGUUUUACACCAGUUCAAAUAAAGCUCUACAUGUAA